UCCAUCACAAAAAAUCAUUUACUUAAAACCAGAGCUUUACAGACCUUCAAGAACAGGAAAGCCCAUUUUUAUUUCUUUAGUUUAAUAUUUAUACACUACUCCUGUCCCUCAACCAAUAUAUAUGGAAAUGGAACAAACAUCACCCUUUCUUGCAACAAAGAGGUAUGCAGUUGUGACAGGAGCUAACAAGGGAAUUGGAUUUGAAAUAUGUAGACAGUUGGCUUCUAAUGGGAUUGUCGUUGUGCUAACUUCCAGAGAUGAGAAGAGAGGCCUUGAAGCUGUUCAAAAACUGAAGGAGUCUGAGCCUGGUCUCUCUGACUAUGUGAUUUUUCAUCAGCUUGAUGUGGGAAACCCUGCUAGUGUUGCUUCUCUUGCAGAUUUCAUCACGACUCAAUUUGAAAAACUUGAUAUAUUGGUGAAUAAUGCAGGGAUUGGUGGAGCUACACUAAACGCUGAUGCAUUUGUUAGAGCCACAGAACUUUCUGGUGGUUGGCCACAGGGAGAGCAUGCCAAUUGGAAUGAACUUGCAUCUCAAACUUCUGAGGCGGCAGAAGAAGGCCUGAACACAAACUAUUAUGGUGCAAAAAGAAUGUUUGAAGGUCUUGUUCCCCUCCUUCAAUUAUCCGAUUCACCAAGAAUUGUCAAUGUUUCCUCUCUUCUAGGAUUAUUAAAGAAUAUACCAAAUGAAGGGACUAAAGAAGUGCUAAACGAUGUUGAAAGCCUUACAGAAGAAAGAAUUGAUGAGGUAUUGAACAAGUUUCUCAAGGAUCUGAAAGAAGGAUCCUUAGAAAAAGAAGGUUGGCCGACAUAUCUGUCCGCAUACAUUCUCUCAAAAGCAUCUAUGAAUGCUUACACAAGGAUUCUGGCCAAGAAAUACCCAGCUUUCUUGGUGAAUUGUGUUUGCCCGGGCUUUGUCAAAACUGACAUAACGUGCAAUACUGGCCUCUUUAAUGCUGCUGAGGGAGCACAAAGUCCUGUGCGGUUGGCUCUACUGCCUCAUGCCGGGCCUUCUGGCCUUUUCUAUAGUCGAGAUCAACUGUCAUGUUUUUAAUCCAAAAUGAAUGAAAGAUUUAAGGGUUGUGAUUUGAUAGUUA